GCCAUUAUUGGGUCUCCCUCCGUUCACUAUAUAUGUAUACUAGCGAACACAAGCCAUUCACCAGACGACGAGAUGGGAAGUGACAAUGGAAGUUCGUCCGAGUCUUUCGUCAAGAUGCCCGAAAUUAAGUUUACGAAGCUUUUCAUUAAUGGAGAAUUCGUUGAUUCCGUCUCAGGGAAAACGUUUGAGACAAUAGAUCCAAGAACAGGGGAGGUGACUGCAAGGAUUGCAGAAGGAGAUAAGGAGGACAUUGAUUUGGCUGUCAAAGCUGCUCGCCACGCGUUCGAUCACGGUCCAUGGCCCCGCUUGCCUGGUGCUGAGAGGGGAAGGAUUAUUAUGAGAUUGGCCGACUUAAUUGAAGAAAAUUUAGAAGAACUAGCUGCGUUGGAUGCCAUUGAUGCUGGCAAGUUGUUUGCUAUGGGAAAGGCCGUCGACAUUCCUACUGCAGCACGAGUCCUUCGAUACUAUGCGGGUGCAGCUGACAAAAUUCAUGGAAACGUACUGAAAAUGUCGAGAGAGCUUCAGGGGUACACAUUGCGUGAACCCGUUGGUGUUGUUGGCCACAUAAUCCCCUGGAACUUCCCAAGCAACAUGUUCUCUAUGAAGGUUGGUCCAGCCUUAGCUGCUGGCUGCACCAUUAUCCUCAAACCAGCCGAGCAAACCCCGCUUUCAGCUCUCUUUUAUGCUCAUCUUGCUAAGAAGGCUGGAAUUCCUGAUGGGGUGCUCAAUGUUGUACCUGGGUUUGGAUCAACAGCUGGUGCUGCCAUUACUUCUCAUAUGGACAUUGACUUUGUUUGCUUCACGGGGUCAACAGAAGUCGGACGUGCAGUGAUGGCUGCCGCAGCGACAAGCAAUUUGAAACAAGUUUCACUUGAGUUGGGAGGCAAAUCACCUAUGCUGAUAUUUGAUGAUGUAGACUUAGAUAAAGCUACUGAUCUAGCUCUCUUUGGCGUUGUCUAUAACAAGGGAGAAGCCUGCGUGGCAAGUUCGCGUGUUUACGUUCAAGAAGGGAUAUACGAUGAAUUUGUAGCCAAGUUGGCAGAAAAGGCAAAAGCUUUAGUAGUUUCAGAUCCUUUUGAUCCUAAAUCCAAUCAAGGUCCCCAGGUUGAUAAGAAGCAGUAUGAGAAAAUUCUUACUUAUAUUGAGCAUGGCAAAAGAGAAGGAGCCACCUUAUUAGCUGGGGGUAAACCUGUUGGUGGUAAGGGAUAUUACAUCGAGCCUACCAUUUUUACAGAUGUUACGGAGGACAUGCUAAUAGCCAAAGAUGAGAUUUUUGGGCCAGUGAUGUCACUGAUGAAAUUCAAAACUAUUGAAGACGCAAUUAAGAGUGCCAAUAACACAAGAUUUGGCCUAGCAGCUGGAAUUGUAACCAACGAUUUGAACGUGGCAAACACGGUUUCAAGAUCAAUUCGUGCUGGUGUUGUUUGGAUCAACUGUUAUUUUGCAUUUGAUUUGGAUUGCCCUUAUGGAGGAUAUAAGAUGAGUGGCUUUGGAAGAGAUUUAGGAAUGGAAGCUCUUGACAAGUAUCUGCAAGUCAAGUCUGUUGUAACUCCCAUUUACAAUUCUCCCUGGCUUUGAGUACAAACUCCAUUACUAGCUUGUCAUGAAAGGAAUGGAGCCUACUCUUUACAUGUCAUCGUAAUAAUUGAUUCUAAACUACAUUUGAAAUAAAAACAAUUUGUCGUUGGAUCCUUGAAAUCAACCUUAAAAAA